GCCAUUUGCCAUCAUCUUCUUUCAGAUUCAUAUUUGAUGCAGAGAACUUGCGUAGCAAAUGAACUUGUUGUGCCAUGAAAACUUACUGAACCGCUUUCGAUUCAUCUAAACUUCAGUCUGCAAACAUUUCAAAUAGUUUGUUAGCUUGAGAGGGUUUAGCAAUCACUGUACAAUCAAAUCAUUACAGGACUCAUAAUAUCGUAAGCUGGAUACAAAAAGCUGGAGCUCCCAUUUGAAUUUGUACUGCUUGUAUCCACAAUUCCUGACGCUUAUAUUAAGCAUUAAAUUGCACAAUUGUAUCAAAAAAUUAUAAGAAAUGUGAGGCCUUUGGUGUUGUGUGUCAUGAUUCCAAAAGUUGGAAGUUGGGUCGUGAUUUUUGAUCGAGUAAAUGUAGAUCUGAAAACACAUCAUAAAUUUAGCUAUGCUUAUGAAUAGGAGGAUUUUCUCUCCUUUGGCUAAGGUUUGCCACUUAUUCAUGACCAUUUUCUUUCUUUCUUUCUGUUUAUGAACAGAAGCAUUUUCAAAAUAGGAUAGGGAGUAGUAUUUACACUGGCUUGAAACGAACUAUUCGUAUAUUAUCAAAUUUAGGAUCUUCCAAGCUCCAGUCUCCACUCCAAUGGCGUCGGCACUGGCUUGCUUUCCGGCGAACUCUGUAACUACCAUAACCCAUAUCUCCCAAUUCCCAGAAAAUCCCAAAACUUUGAUUCUACAGCAAUGCAAAACUCCCAAAGAUCUCCACCAAGUCCACGCGCACCUCGUCAAAACUCGCCGUCUUCUCGACCCCACCAUUACGGAAGCGGUUCUCGAGUCCGCGGCUUUACUCCUUCCCAACACCAUAGAUUACGCCCUUUCGAUUUUCAAUCAUAUCGACAGACCCGAAUCGUCGGCUUACAAUGUUAUGAUCAGGGGCCUUUCCUUCAAGCAAUCGCCUCAUAAUGCCUUCCUUCUGUUCAAGAAAAUGCAUGAAAACUCGGUAGAACACGACGGAUUCACUUUCUCUUGUGUCUUGAAGGCAUGCUCCAGAAUGAGAGCGCUGAGGGAAGGCGAACAGGUCCACGCGCAGAUUUUGAAAUCUGGGCGCAAGCCAAAUGAGUUUGUGGAGAACACCUUGAUCCAUAUGUACGCGAAUUGCGGGGAGGUUGGGAUUGCACGUCGGGUGUUUGAUGGAAUGUCUGAACGAGGCGUAAUUGCGUGGAAUUCAAUGUUGUCUGGUUAUACGAAGAAUGGGAUUUGGCAUGAGGUCGUGAAACUUUUUAAAAGAAUGCUGGAGUUGCAUAUUGAAUUUGAUGAUGUUACAAUGAUCAGCGUGCUGAUGGCUUGUGGAAGAUUGGCUGACCUAGAAUUGGGUGAGUUGAUUGGUGAGUAUAUAGUGUCAAAAGGGCUAACAGGAAACCGUAGUUUAACAACUUCGCUGAUUGAUAUGUAUGCUAAAUGUGGUCGAGUUGAUACUGCUUGGAAGUUGUUCGACAAAAUGCAUAAAAGAGAUGUCGUUGCAUGGAGUGCAAUGAUAUCAGGCUAUGCUCAAGCCGACCGCUGUAAAGAAGCUCUUAAUCUGUUCCAUGAGAUGCAGAAGGCAAAAGUGGAUCCGAACGAGGUAACAAUGGUCAGUGUACUUUAUUCAUGCGCCAUGCUGGGAGCAUACGAAACCGGUAAGUGGGUUCAUUUCUACAUCAAAAAGAAGAAGAUGAAGCUCACUGUUACUCUUGGAACUCAGCUGAUAGAUUUCUAUGCUAAAUGCGGGUAUACAGAUAGCUCAGUUGAAGUUUUCAGGGAAAUGCCUAUCAGAAAUGUGUUUACAUGGACAGCAUUAAUUCAGGGCCUUGCCAAUAAUGGAGAGGGGAAACUGGCUCUCGACUUCUUCUCUUUGAUGCGAGAGAACAAUGUAAAGCCAAAUGAUGUAACUUUCAUUGGUGUUCUUUCUGCUUGUAGCCAUGCUUGUCUGGUCGAUCAGGGUCGUCAUCUUUUCAAUAGCAUGGGAAGAGAUUUUGAUAUUGAGCCAAGGAUUGAGCAUUACGGUUGCAUGGUUGAUAUUCUUGGGCGAGCUGGGUUACUUGAAGAAGCCUAUCAGUUCAUAGAUAACAUGCCCAUCCCACCCAAUGCUGUUGUCUGGAGGACACUUUUGGCUUCCUGCAGAGCUCAUAAAAAUGUAGAAAUGGCAGAAAAAUCAUUGGAACACAUAACUCAAUUGGAGCCUGCUCAUAGUGGAGAUUACAUUCUUUUAUCAAAUACUUAUGCUUUUGCUGGUAGGGUUGAGGAUGCACUGAGGGUAAGAUCUCUGAUAAAAGAGAAGGAGAUUAAGAAGACACCAGGUUGUAGUUUGAUUGAGCUUGAUGGUGUAGUACAUGAGUUUUUUUCUGAAGAUGGACAGCAUACUCACUCUAAGGAAAUACACAAUGCAUUAGACGAAAUGAUGAAACGGAUCAGAUUACUUGGAUACGUGCCCAACAUAGAGGAUGCUAGACUAGAGGCUGAGGAAGACAGUAAGGAAACUUCAGUGUCGCAUCAUAGUGAAAAGCUAGCCAUUGCUUAUGGUCUUAUUCGAACACCUCCUCGAACCAUCAUUAGAAUUUCAAAGAAUUUAAGGAUGUGCAGGGACUGUCACAAUGCAACAAAAGUUAUAUCGCGGGUCUUUGAUAGAACGAUCAUUGUUAGGGAUAGGAAUCGUUUUCAUCAUUUCAAAGACGGUCUUUGCUCCUGCAAUGACUAUUGGUGAGACCGAUGGUUUGUUGUUUGAGAGAAUUUGGAGGCAAGUCUCUUCUGAUCACUUGUGAUUGUUGUUUCGAUGAAUAAUCUGCACAAGAACAACAAUAGGGACUAUCAUGUUGAUGUUUACUGAGCCCAAUAAUAGGCUACUAAUUUGUUUAUAUA